AUGGAUGCCAGCUCUAAGGUCCCAGAAGCCCGAAUUGCAGAGACGCCGGCCGCCGCCGCGCCGCUGAAGGAGGCGGUGCUGGCCAAGGUGGUCAAGGAGGGCCCUGAGGAGGAGGCCCUGGCUUGGGAUAGCGCCAGGCUUGCAGCCUCAAACCUCUUCUACUGCAAGUGCGGCAAGUACUGCGUGGACAGCCGGGGCAUCAACCUCUGGAACCCCCUCUGCUUCCGCUACGCUUGCCGACCCUGCUAG